CAUCCCACACUCAAAUAAUUGCCAUCGUAGUCCUGGCUUUUUCGUGGAUGGAACCAUCGGAAGAACUGAAAGUUAAAGGAUGUCUGACGAUGGUCUGGGAGAUCGUGGAUCACUGCUACAUUGGACCUAAGAUGUCUAAAAACUGUUCAAAAAAGAAAGGUCUUAAGGAUUUGCUGAAACCGAAGAAACGGAAGAAAAACAAAGAUAGCGCCAAACUCCUCAAUAUGUUGGAUGGUUUGUGCAACCAGUGUAAGGGGUGCAAGAAAAAUGCCAAAUCCUGUGCAAUCACACGGCUCAGCGUUGGGUCCCUCAAGCAGUGUGACUUGGCCCAGCAAUUGUUGAAAGGCCUGAAAAAAAGCAAAUGA